AUGUUUCUGGACCCUUCUGCAUCUCAUCUAAUUGUUACCACCACGCUCGGCGAAAACUACUACCUCCACACCCAGUCUAGACAACCGAAGCCACUGUCCCGGCUGAAAGGCGUUUCGAUCGAGACCGUCGCCUGGAACCCCUCGCUCCCAACAGCAUCAACAAGGGAGAUCCUCCUCGGCACCACGGACGGCCACCUCUAUGAAGCUUAUAUCGAACCGUCGACGGAGUUCUAUCGGCGCGAGGAGCGAUAUGUUACCGCGGUCUACAGGGCGCCCGAAGGGUCACCAGUGACGGGGGCUUGGGCAGAGCUGAUUCCUACCAAGCCCGAGCACCGUCGGGUCUUGGUUGCAACCCAUGGAAAGUUAAUGUGUUUUACGGGGCGCGGGGGGCGCCCUGGGAGAGAAGGCGGAGGGCCGAUAUACACGGACCUUUUUCAGCGAGAAAGCCCUGUCGUCCACGAGAUCCAAAGGCCCUCUAGCUCUGCGCCCUCGAGUCUGGCAAUCUCACCCACCGGCCCUGAUGGUCAUCAUCCUGUCGACGGUCAAACCGAUAGGGAGUUUGCUUGGCUGAGUUCUGAGGGCGUGUACCAUGGUCAGCUUCCAUACUCGGCGGAGGAGUUGCACCAGCCGUUUGAGAGUGCAAAUAUGCUGUCGCGAUCGGUUUUUCCUGCAACUCAGUCUUCACGCGGAGGCAAGAAAAUGAUACAAGACCCUAUUACCGCUGUCACCCUGACGCAGUGGCAUAUUCUUGCCUUGGUCGAGGGACGGAUUGUUGCAGUCAACCGAAUGAACGAGGAGAUUGUCUACGAGCAGCCCGUUCUAGAGCCCGGCCAGAGUACCUUGGGGCUGCUGGCCGACUCUAUGCAACACACCUACUGGUUGUUUACGGGCCAAGAGAUCUUUGAGAUCGCCGUCGAGGACGAAGAUAGAGAUGUGUGGAAGGUAUUCUUGCAGAGACAGAUGUUCGAUCAAGCCCUUCAACAUGCCCACACUGGUGCCCAAAAAGACGCCGUUGCUACUGCGUCCGGCGACUAUCUCGCCAGUAAAGGGCGUUAUCUGGAGGCAGCCAAGGUCUGGGGCAAGAGCAGCAAGGGUUUCGAGGAGGUCUGUCUCACGCUGAUCAACCGUGGCGAGCAUGAUGCUCUUCGCAAGUACCUUCUGUCUCAAUUGUCAGUAUACAAGAAGUCAUCCUCGAUGCAGCGCAUCAUGGUUUCCAGCUGGCUUGUGGAAGUUUUCAUGUCCAAACUGAACUCCCUUGACGACAAUGUCGCCACUCGAGCGGAGUUGGCGGAGGGCACAAGCACGGAGGAAAUCAAGGACCAGCUCCGCAGCGUUCGUUUAGAGUUUCAGGACUUUGUGACCAAGUACAAGUCCGACCUGGACAAGAAGACUGCGUACGAUAUUAUCAGCAGCCAUGGUCGAGAAGAGGAGCUGCUCUUCUUUGCUACGGCGACCAACGAUCACAGCUAUGUGCUCUCAUACUGGAUUCAACGUGAAAAGUGGUCUGAAGCGCUGAACGUCCUCCAACGGCAAAGUAGCCCCGACGUGUUCUACAAAUAUAGCAGUGUCCUCAUGGCGCACGCUGCAACGGGACUGGUUGAUAUCCUCAUGCGACAGACGAACCUCGAGCCAGAGAGAUUGAUACCCGCCCUCCUCAACUACAACAAGACGGCGAAUGUUUCCCUCAGUCAGAACCAGGCCGUACGAUACCUCAACUUCAUCAUCGUGAACCACCCGAACCCCUCGGCUGCUGUCCACAACACGCUCAUAUCGAUCCAUGCCUCGAGCACAUCAUCCUCAGAAGCCGGGCUCCUGACGUACCUCCAGUCGCAGCCGUCAUCACCGCCUCCGUACGAUGCCGAUUUCGCCCUUCGUCUCUGCAUACAGCACCAACGGGUGCAGUCCUGCGUCCACAUCUACAGCGCGAUGGGUCAGUAUCUCCAGGCAGUAGAGCUGGCUCUGCAGCACGAUGAUAUUGAACUCGCCGCCAUCGUCGCCGACCGGCCCGAAGGGAACGACAAGCUCCGCAAGAAGCUGUGGCUCCUCGUGGCGGAGAAGAAGAUCCGCCAGCCGGGCACGGGCAUUAAAGACGCCAUUGAGUUUCUGCGCCGAUGCGAAUUGCUCCGCAUUGAAGAUCUGAUCCCCUUCUUCCCUGAUUUUGUCGUCAUUGACGACUUCAAGGACGAGAUCUGCACGGCGCUGGAAGACUACUCUCGGCACAUUGAUGCCCUCCGACAGGAGAUGGAUAACUCGGCGCAGACUGCGCGCCAGAUUCGGUCGGAGAUUGCGUCUCUGGACACGCGAUACGCUAUUGUCGAGCCUGGCGAAAAGUGCUGGAUCUGCUCGCUCCCCGUGCUCAGCCGGCAGUUUUUCGUCUUCCCCUGUCAGCAUGCGUUCCACAGCGACUGUCUCGGGAAGGAGGUUCUCGAGGGCGCGGGUGGCAAGAGGAGAUACAUUCGGGAUCUGCAGACGCAGCUCAACAAGGGCGAUCUGCCAUCUUCCCGACGGGAAGACAUUGUGAAGGAAUUGGAUGGGCUGAUAGCCGAGGCUUGGUAA